AUGCCCAAUCAACACAGAAUCCUCGGCAAGCUCGGCAACCACGGCCGCCGCCCGCAUGUGGUUGUUCGCGGCAGCAACCUUGGAAUUGCUGAUUUGUGGAGCCGCCAGCAAGCGAAAAAUUUUGUUGGCCUGCAGACCAGCAAUGCAAAUCCCAGCUCUGGAAGCGUCCUGGUCGGUAAUUUUGGGUUGGAGGGGGGAUGGCAGUGCCGAGGCCAGCCAAAACGUCAUUGA